AUGGACUUUUGGCAGAGUCUUCUUGACUUACUCUCUGGUGAUGACUCCAACAUACACGACGACAUGCAUAUUAAUGAGCGAGAAUCUGCCGCCGAUGCAUUCUCGCGUAAUCCCACCCCCGAGGGAGCAUUCUCGCCCGCAUUGGACGCGUUGUGCGGCACGCGCUGCGAGGACGGCUGCUGCUGGCUCGCCAUGGAGAGGACGAGGACGGACACAUCGGCUGCUUCGGCUUCAUUACAAGCUGCUUCUAAUUACGUAGUGAUUGAAUUCUUUUGGAUUUUGAUGAAAUAUAAGUUAGAGCUCUGUUUUGGAGGGCUGGGAACUUGA